AUAUAACUACAAUUAUUAGUUGUUCUAAUGUUCUAUAUACUAUUGAAGGGGAAAUUGUGUGAUUGUGGUUUUCAGGAUUGUAUCAAAGGGAAAACAUGAAAAAAAUUUAUAUCUUGCCUAAAACCUGUUGAGAUGCAAUGGGAUGGGUAUUUUCAACAUUCAAGCAAGUUUAUUUGAUUUAUUGUUUGGAUUGCAUUGAGAUUUGCAUUAAGAUUAGCCCAUUUUAGUCAAAAAGAAACAUUUUUAUAAACAUGCCCCUUUAAGAGUACGUUAUAAUAUAUUGUUAUUAUCUGUUUAUAUCUUUUUUUUGCUUCAUAAAGCUUGACUAAAGCACCAGAUAUGAUGAAACAUUGAUAAUAGAAUUAAUUACAUUACAAUUAAUGGCAUUGCUGGUUUCUAUGUUGAUAGAUCAGAUUCUCAUAUUCAUUCUUCUUUCUGUUUUUUUUUCCAGAAUAAACUCUCUGAAGGCCGUGGAAGACCCUCUUGCCCAGCAAUGAUGGGUUCCAUGCGUCUUCAUUCAUUUAUCUUUUUCAUCGGACUACUUCAAUUCUUUUUUGGAACCAAUUCAGCUCUGAAAGUUGAAAACUUUCGUCUAUUCAAACCGAAGCUGAUAUUGAAAGCAGAUACUUGGAAUAUUAUACCAUGUGCCUUUCAUACAAGGCAUCCCCUGAAUCCGUCACACGUCAAAUUGGAAUGGGGUUUCAUCCCAAAGGGCAGAAAGGAUUACCAACCUUUAGUGCGUCUAUACGGAGAUCAUGUCAGAACGGCAUUGCCUGCUUUCGCGGAUAGAUUCCAACUUUUUAAACCCCUAGUGGCAAAAGGGAACUGUUCGCUGGUCAUCAAUCCCACAGUCAUUGAAGACAGUGGCACUUAUCAGGUUACACUGACGAUAAAAGAAAAGGUGUUCAAGCCCCUUUCGUCUAUAAAAAUUCAAGUUGUGCAUCAACUCAAAGGUGGAUCACGGUCAGCACGUAUGAAUGAUGAAACAACGACAAAACCUACAAGCACCACUAUAGCACCAAACCAAGAAACAACUGCAACAACAGCAGAUGACAGGGAUUUCAUUGACAAGACCAUCCUCCCAGGUCUUAAAGGAAAGGAGAAGAUCUUUGGUAUAUCAGUGAUAGCUGUUGCAUCGUUCCUUGUUUUAUUCUCACUAUUAGGACUCUUUGUAUGGUUUGCUGACAAGCAAAUGAAGAAGGAAAAGAUCGGCGAUGUAGAAAGCCCACCAUCCAGCUCAUCUAGUGACAAUGAGGAGGAAUCAUAAGGGAAUAUGAAUUAAAGGGAUACUGUCGUGGAAAAACAUGUUUUUUACAAAAUGUAUCAGUUAA